AACGUACACGUCGCGGGACUCGCGGCCGCUAUUCAAGCUAGCUACAGUGAUCGGCUGCCUCCACGCCGUCGCGCAGACCUGGUGACGAGCACUCGUCCGCGGUGCACGAACGAAGCGGAGCAGGGCAGCCCACGGGCAGCCAUGGCAGCCGAGCGCGUGGAGCCGAGCAAUGGGGCUGCUGACGCCCCGUCCAAGUACUACAAAAUAUGUGGAGUGCCGCUACCAACGCCAACAUUCAUAAGAGACGCCUACGGCUUCCAGUGGCUCCAUUUUGGGGCAGAUUUGUCCGAAGAGGUCACAAUAACGGAGCAACUGAAAGCCGCGUAUACACAAAUAGGCACCAUGGCGGCGGUGAUGAUUAUUUUUUCGACGAACAUGCUGCUGGCGCGGACGAAGUUGGAUGUAAGGAGCGAGAUCGAAGCGCGGCGGCAAAUCAUGAACUUUUAUACCUUGGCGUGGGUCGUCGCCGAUGUGUCCUUCAUCAAUUGUGCUAUUGAUUGUGUGGUCCUCAAACUGGCGAUGAACGAGUGCCCGGACGAGGUGUGUGCGGUGCGGUUCGCGGAUAGAUUUGGAGACAUGUCCAUGACGCCGAUUUUUAUGUUAUUGGUCGCGUGCAUGAGCGUGAUCGUGGGCAUGGGUCUAUAUAUUUAUGUUACAUUAGGCAAGGCCUACCGCAUGGCCACGUUGGUCAUUUUUGGUUUUGUCGCGAUCCCGUUCCACGCGGUCUGGUAUCAUAGGUUAGUGGACGCGUUGUACGUCUCCAUCGAGACGAGGAGAAGGCGCACGAGCGCGUCCGAGCGGCGCGACCGCGAACUCAAACGAGCGCGGCGGAAGGCCAAGGUCAAGCUGGACCUCGCGCCAGAUGCGAUUCGUAAGGCGUGGACGGAGUAUCUCAAGACCGACGGAUCCGUCGAGCCCGAGGAGUUCCUGGAUUACUUAUCCACGCAGAACGACGCGCUGGAGCUGACCUGGGCGACGGACCGCGUCGCGCGGUCGCUUGUGGAGUUGUAUUGCCAGAAGCUGGCCCGGGAGAUCCUCGAGUCUUGAAGUUUAACUUAAGUAUUUGUCUAU